AUGGAUUCUCAUACGUUUUUUCCUCUUUUAACAAAUGGUGAAACAAUUGUUGGAAAGUAUAAAAUUCGUCCAACAUGUGACUCCAUAGCAUUUACUGCUAUAAUUACUGAUUGCCGUUUACUUACUCGUACGCAAGAAACUGUUUGUUGUUGUUGUCAUCGUUCUUCAUAUAGAGCUAUUUCACUCGAAUCAAUUCAUCGUAUUGAUGAAAAUUUUCAACGCUCUCAAAAUGCUGUCUACGUGCUAGUUUGGGUAUUUUUUUUGUUAGUAUGUAGCGCUGGAGUUUUAAUAUCAAUUUUUGCUAUUAAAGAUACAACUUUAAAAACAGCUAUACUUAUUGGUUCAGGUGGCCUUUUCUUUGUGAUUAAUGUAAUCAUAUGGCUAUCUUUAUGUUGCUGUUUUAGAAGUAAACUAAUUAAAUUACAUGGAACUUUUGGCUCAAUCAAUUUAUUCUUUGCGAAAAAAAAAGCUAGAGCAUUUGAAAUUCAGUUAAGUGAACAAAUUUCUCAGGCAAAAACACGUAUUCAACACACACCAAUAUCAACGAUACCUCCUUUAUCUAUUCCUCACGCUUCUAAGAGACUAACAAUAAUGGAUCAAUCAUGGAUAUCUACAGAUCGAUUCUAA